CUUUAAAGUGAAAGGCGCUACCAAAGCUCGGGUAAGUUUCUUACAAAAUCCACUUAAAAUAGAAAAUUUUAAUGUUUCAUUUCCAGGCUGCGAUGAGAAGGGUGAGUUUUGAUCCCUUGGCACUGCUGCUGGACGCCUCUCUUGAAGGAGAACUGGAGCUGGUCAAGAGAACAGCGACCCAGGUGACCAACCCAAGUGCAGCCAACGACGAGGGCAUCACUGCCCUUCACAAUGCGAUUUGCGCCGGCCACUUUGAAAUAGUCAAGUUUCUUGUGCAGUUCGGGUGUGAUGUGAAUGCUCAGGACAGUGAUGGCUGGACCCCUCUUCACUGUGCGGCCUCUUGCAACAACCUUCCCAUGGUCAAAUUUCUGGUGGAGCACGGCGCCUGCAUUUUCGCCACAACCCAUUCCGAUAUUGAAACGGCAGCAGAAAAGUGUGAGGAGGAUGAGGAAGGUUUUGACGGAUGCUCCGAGUACCUGUACAGUGUGCAGGUGAAGUUGGGAAUCUUGAAUCAGGGCGCUGUGUACGCCGUGUACGACUACGAAGCUCACAACACCGACGAGCUCAGUUUCAACGACGGGGACCAGUUGGUGGUUCUCAGAAAGGGCGAUGAGUUGGAGAGAGAAUGGUGGUGGUCCAAGAUUGGCAGCAAGGAAGGAUAUGUCCCUCGCAACCUUUUGGGGGUAAGUUUCAAUUAUAGUGAAUAAAAAAAUUAAACAUUAGCAAAUUAAUUUUAACUGUGAAUGAAUGUGUGAGGUAUAAAACAAAAUAAAGAGGAGUAAAAUUUUUAUCAUAUAUUUGCAAUGAUCACUUGUUUAUUAAGAUACAUUGUCACAUGUUUAAAACAAGAGUAAUGCAAUUAAACUUUUACAGAAACCCUGGGACAUGUUUUAAUUUCUCAAGUGAUUUGUUCGUUUGAUGAUUUCCAACAAAUUAAUUGCUACACAAUUUAACAAAGAGCUUGGCUUCAAUGGACAGAUUGAUAUGUGACUCUUCGUCUUGAAGUCAAUAUAUUUUGAUCUCAUCUAAGGCAAUUAAUAAAAAAAAAAUAUAAAAUAAAUUGUUCCUCAAUUAUACUUUCUUGUCGGCUGAUGAUAUUACUUUGGUCACAACUUGCUGCGUAAUAAGCAUAAGUACAAUUAUAAAUUCGAAGCAUUCAUAAUGAGUUUAUAUUAUAUCAGGUGGGGGCACAGAAAUAUCCAAGGAAGGGUAUUUUUUUUUAAGGCACAUAACCAAAAUCGUUUCUCUUAGCAAUAAUUUUAGAUUUACAAGAUUGAAUUUUUGCGAUUUUCUUCAACAACGAUAAUUGUUACAAACACUCAUUUGAGGGGCAAGUGGGGAAAGAAAAGCAGGUGCGCGAGUUUCUUGUCCGGUGAUAUAUAUCAUUUGUCUCAAAUCAUACAUGCUUGACUAGCUUAUAAACAUGAUGAUUUUAUAGGCUAGAGCAUUUUACAUAUCGUAAUAUCUGUAUUUAUAUAAAAUAUUUCCAUUUUGCUUAGUCGCGUCGUAUAUAAUAUUUAUAAUAACAUUUUUUUAUGUAUAAUACAACAACAAAUACUCAACUUCAAGUACAUUUUCCAAGUCUAUUACCACUGAUCCUUUACAUUUCAUCUUUAGUUCGCCUUUUUAUUACUCAAUCGUUUCUUUCUCACCCAUGCACUAACAAGUACUGAUUUGAAGGCACAAUUCCUACGCGCAGAUAUUUGAAUCCCACUAGUUCUUUUUUGUGUAUACUUGAACUGGUCCCACGGCUGCAGCUCUCGACUCUCAACUCGGCUCAAAGGAUGCUGUGACGGCCUUCGCGCCUCGUCCUCAACUUCUGUCAUUCCACCUUGCUCGGUUUCACUCUCGGAUAAAGCUGAGAUAAACAAAAAUUGA